GUGUAUUGUGUACAGUACCAAACUCUCUCCAGCUUUUCAGAAACAUCUACUAACUACCUUUACACCGAGUCUACAUUCUCACAGAAAGGACAGAGAUAUUAUCCACAAACACACGCAAAUAUGGCGUCCUCCAGCAGUGUCCUUUCUGAUGAGUGGUUCCUGUGCUCUAUCUGUAUGGAUGUGUUCACUGAGCCAGUCUCUAUUCAAUGUGGACACAACUUCUGCAUGACCUGUAUCAGGAAGUACUGGGAUAGCAAUGACCUGUGCCAGUGCCCCAUGUGUAAAAAUACAUUUGAUAAGAGACCAGAUCUCCUUGUUAAUGCUUUCAUUUCUGAGAUGGCUGCUCAGUUCAGGAAGUCAGUUAAAAGGAAAGCUCCCAGCAGCCCAGACCAAUGCCCUGCCAAACCUGGAGAAGUGUCCUGUGAAAUCUGCACUGAGAUGAAGCUCAAGGCCCUGAAGUCCUGCCUGGUGUGUCUGACCUCUUACUGUGAGACUCACCUGGAGCCUCAUCAGAGAGUCGCAGCCUUAAGGAGACACAAGCUGAUCGACCCUGUUCAGAACCUGGAAGACAGGAUAUGCAAGACACACGAGAGACUCCUGGAGUUGUUCUGUAGGACUGACCAGAUGUGUGUUUGUGUCUUGUGCAUAAAAACAGACCACAAGACUCAUAAUAUGGUGCCUCUAGAGGAAGAGUUUGGAGAGAGGAAGGGUAAAUUAGAAAAAACAGAGGCAAAAGUGCAGCAGAAGAUCCAGGAGCGACUGGACAAGGUUCAGGAGAUAAAACACUCAGUAGAGGUCAGCAAGAGAGAUGCAGAGCGAGAGAUAGCAGACAGCGUUAAGGUAUUCACUGCUCUGGUGCGCUCCAUUGAAAAGAACCAGGCUGAUCUCAUUGAGGUGAUUGAGAAAAAGCAGAAAGCAGCAGAGAUGCAGGCUGAAGGACUCAUUAAAGAGCUGGAGCAGGAAAUAACUGAGUUAAAUAGGAGAAGCACUGAGCUGGAGCAGCUCUCACACACUGAGGACCACCUCCAUCUAGUCCAGAGCUUUCCUACUCUGUGCACACCUCCACCUACCAAGGACUGGUCUGAGAUCAUUGUUCACAGCGAUCUGUGUGUGAUGACUUUGAGGAGAGUGGUUUGUCAGCUGGAGGAGACACUGAAUAAAGAGAUUGAGAAGCUGCCUGAAAUCAAACUGAAGAGGAUGCAGCAGUAUGCAGUGGAUGUUACUCUGGACCCUAAUACAGCACAACGUGAACUCAUCCUGUCUGAGGAUGGGAAACAAGUAAGACAUGGAGACACACAACAGAAUCUCCCUGAUAACCCAAAGAGGUUUGAUCCUGUCCUUAUAGUCUUGGGAAAGGAGGGUUUCUCCUCAGGGAGAUUUUACUAUGAGGUGACUGUUACAGGGAAGACUGGAUGGAGUUUAGGAGUAGCCAGAGAGUCCAUAAACAGGAAGAGGAAUAUCACACUGUGCCCUGAUAGUGGAUGCUGGGCUGUGGUCCUGACGGAUAGGAGUAAGUACGCAGCUUGUGCCCCCAUCUUUACCCCCCUCUACCUGAGAGAGAAGCCCCAGAAGGUGGGGGUAUUUGUGGAUUAUGAGGAGGGGCAGGUCUCCUUUUAUGAUGUGGAGGCCAGGUCUCAUAUCUACUCUUUCACUGGCUGCACCUUCACUGAGAAACUCUAUCCAUGCUUCAACCCCGCCGUUAAUCAUGGUGGUAAAAACUCUGCCCCUCUGAUAAUCUAUUCUUUCAAUCACACAGACUGAGUUUGAACCUGAAAGUAACUGACCUGUAAAAUUAGUACCUAAACUAGAGUUCUCAUUUAUGAAAUAAUAUUACACUGUAGUGUAUUACUGAUAUGGUUGUUGUUUGUUAUAAUCAGAAGUCCAUCUGUCAGUCUGUUAGACAUGAUGAAUACAGAAUGCAUCAGCAAUGUAACACAGGAUCCCUGUAUUACCAAAUCUCUCAGGCUCAUAACAAGUUACCUCAAUCAUUCAAACUGGAACAACAAUCUCAGUAACAGGUGCAAUAAAUCCAAUUACAAAUAGAUUGGAUUAGUUUAGAUAUUAUCUUUGUAUAGCAUACAAUAAAUCAACCAAUCAAUGCACAUGCAAAAACACGGAUAUUACAGUAAAACAAACAAUUCUGAAAAUCUCCCUGCAAUAGAGCAUGCUGGGAAAUAUUAUAUACGGUUCUAUGUAGAACCCUUCUUGCCUUCCAAAUAAUCAUUUUCGCCUUCCAAAGAGUCAUCAAAGAACCCUUUCUUUCAAAAAGGAUUCUUCUGAUCAAAACGGAUCUUGGUAGAACCCUAUCCCUCCGCAAACAACACUUUUGGAAUCCUUUUUUCUAAGAGUGUAGAUAUUAUGCACACGUUAUAUCUCUGUUGAUCCUCAUUAGCUGUAAUGAACAUUGAGUAACAUUCCGUUUUUUUUAAACCAGUUGAAAAGUGAUCAAAUUGGUAUUCAGUCUAGUACAGUUCCAGAGCUUUAGAAUACUGAUGGAUAUUUAUAACAUCAGUUUGGAAUAUUAGACUUAUGCCACUGUGGUGUCUGGUUGAUAUAAUAUGGACAUGUAAAUUAUGUGGUGGUUGAUGUAGCCUUAUUCUAUGCAAUAUGAUUGAAUUGGAUGUCAUUUUGUUUGGGGGAGGGAGGGGGCGAAUCUAUGUGAUAUUGGGGUGUGUGUAAUGGUCUGUUUCUGACUCAUCAUAACUGUAUCUAA